UUGAUUGAACGAAUGUCAGCCAGACAGGGUGUAUUCUUCUAACCAUCGAACAUACUGCGAAACCCGCUUGGAUUAUUGAAAGACAAAAGGCUGUAAAAUGGUAGACAGUGUGUGGGUCUAGUCCGCCACCCAGAAGCAGAAAUAACCAACUGCGUUUAUAGGCUGGUUUGAUUUAGGGCACGAUUCAUCAUGAUUGUAAUCAAGGUUUUGAUUAUACUCUUGGCGCUGGAAGUCGGUAGUGUUUGGUGUGAUGUCUGUGGUUACUCCUGUCAACAACGCUACACAACUAGUUGCUGGUUGUUUUGGGAGUGUACUCGUUACAGAGAAAUUACCUGUUACAGGUGUUGCGAAGGAUGGACGGGGUCCGUUGGUGCCGGCUGUCCCACUCCAACAUCGUGCACACAGAUUGCCAACUGUCUGGCAGAGAGCUGCACCACUGCCUCUGAUCAGACAUGCGACAUGUGCCGCGGUGAUUAUGGGGCAGCUCAUGGUUCUGCCUACAAGAAGUCAUACGACCAGACACAAUGCAUCAAGCAAUGUUCUUGGAGGGAAGACAGCAACGCCUGCUACCCGGGGUCCUGCACGGACGCAUUGUGUAAUUGUAACACUGGAUUCUCUGAAACUGACUGCAGAUCAAUGGGCACAAGUCAAGCACCUGUAUUGUCAGAGUAUCGUGCAACCCUAAGGAAGGGCACCACUACCUUAGAAUCACCGACCAUCCAGAAUAGUACGGAUACCGUCUAUACGAACGUCAGAGACUUCGUUGAACUACAGAUUGUAUCGAAAAGCUCCUACCAACCCACUGAUCUCCCACCUACCCAUCCGUACAUCGAAAGUGUUAGACUUGGUGUGGUUUCAGCGAAUGCUUCUGCAGUCGUCCACCGAGCUACAGCAAGCAUAUAUGUAAUCGGGACAGUGACGUCCUGCUCAGAUGGGACCUAUAACAAUGACAAUCCUGCGACUGACUUAUCCAGAUGUGAUCGUAAUUUCACCAUCAACUAUAAUUCAUGGACGCCGGUUACUGGAGAUAUACUCAGGUAUGACGUAACGACAGUCAGUGGAGGAUACAUGAAACUGUACGAUAGGGAUCACUCGAACGAUAUCAUGACCCGAUACUACAAGGGCAGUACGACGUCAGGGUACUCAACUUUCACCUUUGACUUUGAUGACCCCUACCACUGUGUAGAUGUCAUCAGCGGAUGCCGAACUACUAUGUUGCAUGCUGGUGAUGACGUCACUUCACAGGCAAUGUUUACGGUCACGUGGCAAGGCUGGGUGGACGACCUUUCUGGUAUCAAGGAGUUUGACCUACAAGUGAGACAACUGUCAGGAAGCCAUGGUGACCAGAUGACCGAAAUCUUAGACAGCCCGGCUGUAUAUUCCGAUACCGCUGAAUCUGGACAGGAGAUCACCCUACCUCGUGUCGGUGUCUACUCUUUCGUCUUGACCGUGGUCGACAACGCUGGCAACUUUCGCCUGGCUCGACGUUUCGUCUUCCUUGAUGAUGACCCGAAUGACGUCACCAUACAGGAUCACGACACAUACCCACUGCGUGUUCUGUCUGCGACCACAGAAACCGGCUUUGAGUGGAUCACUGCACUAGGCACGACUGGGGGAACUACCCCAGUACGUUUGGACUGGGCGAGCCAUUUCAUUAAUUUGAAUCACCAUAACCAGGGGUUGUUGAAACCAAUUGAUGACUGGAGAAGUGGUAGUAUUGACGUUGAUUAUGACCAGUUUUUUGGGAAGCGAGGCCGCGCAGCCAUCCCGAAUGCUCUCGGCAUUACCCAGUUCCGAGUCUUUCACGACAGUGACCAUCGGGGUGGCAGGUCAAUCGUCAACGCGUCAGACGACAAUUCGGAUCACUGGAGUAGUGAAGCGUUGAACACACAAGCAACUUAUGACCUGACCUUGAUAGACGGCGAUUCCAUUCGCUUUUGGGUAGAGGCUCGAGACAUCGCCGGCCACUUCGUGAGGGACACUGUAUUAGUUCAUGCUGAUUCUUCACCACCAAUCAUUGAAGAUUUCUGGCUGGUUCGGGACGAUACUGUGAAUGUAGCUGUACAUAAUUCAAGCGACUUGCACGACUUGAGUGUGGAGUUUAGGACCUACGACAUACACAGUGGGGUUCGAACCAUCGAGUGGCGUCUGUUUGACAACCACACAGGGAGCGAGGUUGAACAUGGGAGUCAGACAGUUGCUGCAGUCAAGGUUGACCAGGACGACUGUGAUCCAGUAACGUGUAUGUGUGUCCCUGGCGGUGACUGCUACAAUGUAGACUACGGGUUCAAACCAACAUUCCACAUUGGUGUUCAUGACUUUGACUAUUACAUUAGGUUGACGGUUACCAACCAUGCUAGACUGGCGAGAUCUAUCACAAUCAAGAUCACUGUGGAUGAGUCGCCCCCUCAAACUGGCGUGGUGCAUGAUGGGAUACGCGGGUCAGAUGAGGUCGACUUUCAAGAGGGCAAUGACCUCGCUGCGCACUGGGAAGGAUUCUUUGACAGGGAGAGCGGGGUCAAGUUUUAUGAGUAUCUUUAUGACGUCACAUGCUGGAAUGAUGCAGACACGAUACCUUCCAUCAAAGACAUGAUGACAAGAACUACCGUCACACAUGCAAGUUGGACAGCGCCCUCAAGAGGCAUGUACUUCAUCACAGUUAUCGCCUACAACCGUGCCUUAGAGCCGUCUGUUCCUAUCUGUUCUGAUGGUGUCAUGAUUGACACUAGCCCACCAGAGUUGUCUAAUAUCUCAAUCAGUGAUGCUCGAAUGAGGCCGGGUCUUGCCAAAGAUAACGAGGGCCGUGUGUGGUUCAUCAAUGAACAUCGAAAGAAGACUGAACUACUCAACGUGUCUGAUGUCUGCAGGUCUAAAGCAACCGUAGUGAGCGAUAUAACGCUGUACCCAGGCCAAGAAAUCCUAAAUGAUUCAGUCUCGGUUAUUGGAGAAGACAUUAAUUGUCAGUGGACGUCUGGCAUUCAAGAGAAGUUCUUUCUUCCUACACACAAACAUAUAACCUUUUCUUGGUCGGGGAGUGAUGCAGAGAGCUCAAUUUACGACUACGAGAUCGGUCUGAGCAGUGAUCCAUCCAAUCCGACCUCUGACCUUGUGACCUUUAUGUCGACAUCUGGUCAUGAUCGUUUCGUGAUGUAUCAUCCCCAUAUCAGCCAGGGGCAUGUUUUCUUUCUGGUUGUGAAAGCUGUCAAUAAAGCACAAUUGACUUAUUCUAAGUUUGUUGGACCUAUCAUCGUGGACACCACACCAUCCAUGUUUGUUGGCCGUAUUCUGGUUCAUUUAGACGGCGGGUAUUUGGUGACUGAAUGGGGUGACGACGGCUUCACGGACAGUGAGGAUGCAGAUCUUACAUAUCAAGUUGGCAUUGGACAUACCAGAGGUGGAACAGAGUUUGUCUCUUUUCGAUCCAAGGAAGAAUACGUCAUCGGUCCGUGUGAAUCCCAAACCUUCUGUGCUGCCUUCCUAUUGGAUGAUCUGAGCUGGUAUCUCCAUGGUGAUCAUGAAUAUUACAUCUCAGUCAAAGCUGAGAAUAGUGCUGGACUAUCGACAGUAGGAACCUCGUCUGUGUACAGGCAUAUCGUGCAGUUGCCAUCCCAGGGGGUGGUGCUCGAUGUUUCACCAUCUGGGAAAGAGGUUGGUUUUGGGUUUGUCAAGGACACCGACGUUCAGACGGAUCAGUCAAGAAUCUCCGCUCAGUGGUUCGGAUUUGAACAUCCCCAUCUUGAUGUCAAUUAUGAAGUGGCCGUAGGAUCAGGUGGACAUGGUUCCUAUGAUGUCAGCAAUGGCUUCAUUGACGUCCGCAAUGCAACGUCCUACCAGUUAGACGGACUUGAUCUAACACCACUCAUGACUUAUUACUUUACUGUCCGGGCAACAUCUGAAACUGGAAGCGUCAUCGUGACGUCAGACGGUAUCAAGGUCAUCCCAGAGGGUCAAAUACUAGAAGGGGCAUUUAUCAAAAAUGGACUCGGAUGUAAUCCUGAUAACAUAACCACGCCUACCGGGUUAUCCCAUCACUCAACCGCCCCAUCUCAACCCUGUGAAGAUGACGUCACAUACCAGCCCUCUACGUCUGGUAUCUCCGCCCGAUGGAGCAUCCCGGAGAUGUUACGGCCCUUUGUAACCAAUGUCUUAUGGACAGUGGAACAGGAGAUUCUGACUCAACAUGAUGUGGACAAUAGCUCAUCUGAGUGGGUCACAUUAUUGGACUAUCAAGAUCUAGGAAUGGCCUUCAAUCAUGUGGAUGCAAGCCUAGGGUUACAUGACGGAGCACAUCUGAGGUCUAAGGUUCAAUUCUGCCACGUGAGUGUCUGCUUUCAGCCAAUAAUAAGUGACGGGUUCUGGGAACUCUCACAGCCUCCCUUGGUAGGUGACAUCACUGUCAAUGACAUCGAGACAGAUUCAACAAGUACAAAUCUCCACGUGGUCUUCCAGCCGUUUGAGCAUGCGUACAUUGACCAUGAUAGACAGUUAGAGUUGAUGGACUUCUACGAGUGGACUAUUGCCGAGGAUGGGGAACACAGUGCCGUACUGAGUGAAUGGAAACGCAUUGAUGAUUUGAACAUCAUUGGUGAGACGGCCCGAUUCACUGCAUCGUUGGAUGGACAACUCGACCACGACACGUGUCUCCGUUUGGCUGUGAGAGGCUACAAUAAAGCUGGCCUUUCCUCCAUAGUUAGCACAGAGGUUGUGGAUUGCGAUGAUGUGAUGAUUGUUAAACCGCAUGUUGUCAUCGACUCAGACCAUGAAGUAACAUUAGAGCAGAAUGCUGUGUGGCUUGAAGCCGAUAAGAACUAUAUCUCAUCAACAACCGUCCUAUCAGCAGUCUGGCCUUCAUUACGUCAUAGGAACUACGUCUGGGCAGCAGUAAAAGACGCAGGAUCUGCCGGAUUCGGUGACUUAAACAAUGGAUUGAACUAUCCAUGUGAACACCCAAUGGCUGUGGGUUGUGGAAACACAGAUAAAGAGUUUGUGAACGUCCAAGACCUAUCACUCGAGCACGGUAAAUGUUACCGCAUCUGCAUCCACGCUGAUGAAGUCACAAUAGAGCAUGAGAAAUGGACGGAAACUCUGCCGUCAGUGUCCAGCUGUAGCGACGGUGUGGUCGUUGAUACGACACCGCCGACACCCGGAUCUGUCUGGAUCGGUUGGGGCAAUCAUAACAAAUAUCAGAGUUCGACUUCAAAGCUGGUUAUACAAUGGGAGUCUUUUAGUGAUGUUGAGGAACACGGCUUGGCACGUCAUCACUCUGGAAUCAAAUACUACGAGUAUGCAAUCGGAUCAAUGCCAGGUGGAAGCGACGUCAUAGACUUCACCCGUGUCGGUAUCGCCAACAGCAUCAUCAUACACAGCUUGAGGUUACAGAAUGGACACGCUUACUAUGCAGUCAUUAGAGCCACUGAUUUCGUUGGUUUGUCUACAACAUCAGCGUCUGACGCAAUUAUAAUCGACACAACACCACCGACUGUGAGUGAUGUCUACACAAUGGACGUUGGGGGCAGCAGCUUCAUUUUGUCCAAAACAUCUGUCUCACUAAGUUGGGAGAAUGUUUUCACUGACCAGGAAAGUGGAAUCGCAUACUAUGAGUGGGCAGUGGGUUCACAUCCGGGUCAUGCUGACGUCAUGCCAUUCAACAGAGAGGACUCAGAGUCUGGAGUCAAUGACCCUUCACAACCUUUGACCCUUCAUGAAGGUCACUCGUAUUUCAUUUCAAUAAAGGCCAUCAACCAUGUUGGGUUGAUCACGUUAAAGGCGUUCGGUGCCUUCACGGUAGAAGAGAGCCCUCCAGUGGCCGGUCACGUCUUUGAUGGAGAUCCAUCUCUCGCAUCAUCCAAUCACAGAGAUCGAGACUUCCAGGAGGACCGGAAGACGAUAAGUGCAUUCUGGGAAGGAUUUCAUGAUCCACAUAGCGCCCUCAUGGGUUAUUCAUGGAAAGCAGGGACGUGUAAAGGCUGCACUGACAUCAUACCUGAGCAGAAUAUCGGCAUGGAUACUGAAUGUACAGCUGACAACCUGAACCUUGUGCCUGGUUUAACAUACUAUGUAACUGUGACGGCCUGUAACGCUGCUGACCUGUGUACUUCAGUGACAUCUGAUGGGGUCCUGAUUGAUGAUUCGCCCCCGUUGGUAGGUCGAGUGUUUGAUGGAAGCCCCGGUGCUGGCGAUAUCAGCUUUCAGUCGUCAAGGAGGCAGCUCUCAGCACAUUGGUGGGGUUUCCAUGAUCCCCAUUCCAGCCUAUCACACUAUGAAUGGCGAGCUGGUACCACACCAGGCUCGGCUGAUAUCCUUUCAUCAACGCGUAUUGAGCUGUCACAAUCUGCUCUGAUGUUCCUGUCGGAGUCAGAUCAGAUGCUAGACAAUACUGAUAUCUACAUCACAGUCCGUGCUUAUAAUGGGCUUGGUAUGUGGAGUGAAGCUACAUCCAAUGGGUUCCGUGUAGAUUCAAGCCCACCUCGAGUGAUUCAGGAACCAACCAUUGACGGAACAUUCGGAGUGGCUGUCACAAACACUCAGGUUCUUUGUGACGUCAUUCGAUUCGUCUGGAAGUUCGAUGACCCAGAGAGUGGCAUAAAGGAACAGUACGUGUCAGUGAGCACACAUCAUAAUGGAGAUUUUAAUAUUCCAGCACUAAAGGUUGCUGGAAGUGAAGUAGACCACACCUUCACCAAUUUGACCUUACAUGACGGAAGCCACUAUUUCAUCACAGUGGUAGCAUGUAAUCAUGCCGGUCUCUGCACUGAAGCAAAGUCAGCAGAAUUUCUUGUCGACCGUAGCUCCCCCAACGUGGGAACAUUUGCAGUUCGAACAGGGAGUUCAGCCGAACUAGAACAUCGUCGCAUAAUUUGGAUAACUCCAACCGGGACAGAAUCAUCUGGUCCCACACCUCCACGCUAUCACUCUGGUUGGAUGACAUGGUUACAGGACACGCCUAGCUCCACUGGAUCCCUCGCCCUUGCUUGGAUUGGGUUUGCUGACUUACACUCCGGUAUCAGUCACUACUUUGUCUCUGUUGGACGAACGUACGGUGGCUCAGAACUCACUCCCAGAGGACCAGUUCGUGUGAGCCACAGCAGUGAUGGCAUGUCAUCGGAUGAAGGCAUUGCACAAACAGCAAUUAUACCAGUAGAGGGCAGUAUAACUGAUUCCAUCAAUCACUACCUUUAUGUGUCUCUAUGGGCUGUAAAUGGGGUUGGCCUACCAAGCAGUCGCCACCAUUCGACAUUUGAAAUUUCUGAAACAUCACCCGAUGAGGGCGCACUGGUCCUGUUACGUCGUUGCCAAUCUGCAACAUGUGAGGGUCACUGCACUUGUGCGCCCGUUCAUCUAACCUGUUCUACAGCACAAGGACUCUGUAGUGAUUUAACAAGAGACAACCCUAAUACCGAGAUCGAGGUACUAGACGUUAUUGAUCUGAACUUUGUCGAUAUCGAUAACUUGAUUGAUGUUGAUGGCACUCCUACUCAGUAUAUGAUGGCUGCUGCAUGGCGGGUCAGUCAGCUGAAAGGACUGAGUAUCAAUUGGUAUGAAUGGAGUAUUGGGGACGACUCGUCAACAGAUGUUGAGCCCACAGGGGUAUUCGAUUCAGCCAAUGAAAGGGUUUGGUUUGACAUUGGACAGGAAAAUCAUACCAUCUUUACACUCGAUAAAGACCGGACUCUGACAGCUGGAUUGAGGUAUCAUUUUUACGUCCGGGCCUGGUACAGUGACACCUCGUACGCCGUGUUUAGAUCAGAUGGUGUUACGCCAGAUAUCGAGGCUCCAGAAAUCUCAAAAGUCAGAGGAACAAAGAUAAAGGAUCUAGCAACCGAACAGUCUACGGCGGAUACCGACUAUCUCAACGAUCCUGAGACUCUGUACGUCUCUUGGGAGGGAGUGUUUCGAGACGACGAGAUAUCACACUAUGAGGUAUCACUCAGCACAUUCAAAGGAGGUGAAGAUGUCAGUCACUUUGCCGCCAAAAUCUUACCAUCGAGUGAACCGAGGACACAGUUCACUGGCCUUGGUCUUCAGAGUGGGCACCGUUACUAUAGCAACGUACGGGCAACAAACAAAGCUGGUCUGCGCACACUCAGAAGCAGUGAUGGCUUUGUGGUUGAUCUGAGAAAACCGGAUGCUGGACUGGUGUUUGAUGGGAUAGAUCUGCAUGAUGUAGAAUACCAGAACUCUAGUACAUUGAUCUCAGCCUCAUGGCACGGCUUUACAGACCUGGAGUCCUACAUUGACCACUAUGAGUGGUGUGUGGGACGAACUCCUGACUCUACUGAUGAUAAUGUCCUCCAAUGUACCGAUGUUGGUAUGCAGUUAUCAGCAUCGACGACGCUUGAAGUUCCUCUCACAGGAGGUAUUAGGUACUAUUCCAUUGUGUCAGCCAUUGAUGCAGCUGGUUUAGCGUCAGAGCAAGUCUUCUCUGAUGGAGUUGUAGUUGACGUCACUCCUCCAGAGCCGCAGAAUUGCAUCCACUCUGGAGAUAAUCUCAUCGUAAAUCCAUCAUUUGAAGGACAACAUGAACCAGAUAUUCAGGAACCGAUGUCAACGCAGACGACCGAGGCUGAGUUAACUGACAACUCGUCACCUGCUUUGACGACAGAGUCUCAUGUACCUGAUUCCACGACAGAAGAUGAAGCCGAGCUAAAUGACAACUCGUCACCUGCUUUGACGACAGAUUCUCCUGCAGUUGAUUCCACGACACAAGAUGAGUCCGAGCUUUAUGACAACUCGUCACUUGCUUUGACGACAGAAUCACCUGUUGAAUCCACAGCAAACUCUGAAGAAGACUCUGAAAGUUCACAGGAUGAAUUAACGCCAUGGGAAGUUGGCUCUAAUACCCAACUCACUGUGAUCACUCAUGGGAAGAAGGUUGCUCGUGACGGACGUUCCUUCUUAUCGUUACACGGAUCGAUCUCACAAACUUUCAACUCGACCCCUGGAAGCCACUACCGGGUUCUCUUCUUUACUAGUCACAUUGUCCCGUCUCAUGAGCCUCUGUUAAACCAGGAAGGUCGCAUUGCAGCACCAGGAUUAAACCGUGUCUUCAGGUUGUACAGCCGCCCAGCUGGUAGUCACUCUAAUCAGAGUCUGUCGUCCAUACAAUGGCAUGAACAGAGGUUUUAUUUCACAGCCAGCGAAGCUCUCUCAAGGUUGAGAAUAUCAUCAGUGGGGCGAUCGAAUGGAAUUCUACUUGACAAUAUUCAGGUGACACUAAUAACCACUGAGCCGAGCACUGGUCAGGGAUCAGUCGAUGUCCAUACACAGUUUAUCCACAAUUGGUCAUCACUCCAGGCCACGUGGCAUUUCAUAGAUCCAGAGAGUCCAAUCAUUGACUAUAAUUGGGCCAUCGGAACCAGUUCUGGUGGCACCCAAUUAAAGAACUUCAAGUCCGUUGGAACCCAAACCAAUGCUAUCAAUACCGAGCUCACCAUGUCUCACGGUUCCUUUGUCUACGUCACGGUGACGGCAAAGAAUGCUGCUGACCUUAUAUCCGUUGUGACCUCUGACCCUGUAUUAAUUGACCUGACAGCUCCCAUUAUCCAUUCAGUUCUAGAUGGAGGAAGUGAAGAUGAUAUUGACUUCAGUUCAGAUGACAAAUCUGUCUCAAUCAGUUGGUCCGCCUCUGAUCCAGAAAGUGGAGUUGAUUACUGUGAAUGGGCUAUUGGUUUAGAACCAGGGCUUGAUGACGUCAUACCUAGCACAGUUUCACCCGAUUCAGAGUCAAAGGUCAUUGCAGAUCUCUCUGGCGUCAUGGUCGAAGGUCAGAAAUUAUUUGCUACAGUUAAAUGCUUCAACAAUGACGGGAGGUCAUCGUGGAAAUCAUCUGACGGCGUUACCAUAGUAACAGAACCGCCACUUUCACUGGCAGCCGUCGUCAAAGUAAAAGCUGUGUCCGAUACAGCGUAUGCAACGCUCGACGAGUACCAGUCACAAAAUAGUUCCCUCAAAGCAUCAUGGGAAGGAUUCACGGACCCAUUUGGCAUACAAUUUUACCAGUGCCGUCUCACUGGACCAAGUUACUCUACAUCUCCUUGGACACGAUGUGGCUCUGCAUCGGAAGAGCAUCUGAAUUGGUCAGAUCUUACCCUGGAGGAUGACGCAACGUAUAGCCUGUCUGUCAGAGCUGUCAAUCAUGCGGAUUUGAUCAGCCAGGCUAUCACUAAGAAUUUCACAGUUGAGACCUCAAGACCUACCAGCCAGGGUUCAAAUUUUCUGAAUACAACAUGGGAGGGAAAUGGCACCUUGGUUGAUUUGAGCUGGGACGGUUUGUUCGUCUCCUCCUCUCCAAUGUUCUUUGAAGUCUCUCUCGGUACCAUCUUAGGCGGAAGUGACGUCAUGCAGUGGGUAGAGACAAUGCAUACUGGUAUGCGUGUAUCACCGCUGGUUCCGCACACAGACUACUACAUAACAGUCACGGCUAUCAACGCAGCAGGGUUACCACAGACAGUGAACGUGGUGAUCAACCAUGGAUGAUUAAAUCAACUAUGACUUUGAAAUGUGAACUAAAAUAUAUAUUUUGUAUUUCCACAAUGCUAAAACCUUGCCCCCUUGGUUAGCAUGGUUAGGCAAGUCAUUUUGAACGCUAGGAUGCAAAACAAUUUUUUGCAAAUAAAACAUGGUUAUAAAAUGCGUUUUACAGAGUUGUAUUCUUUAUGCACGUUCAGAUUAUGCAACUUUCCAGAAAUGUUCUUGACUUUUUUCCGCAUUCAGUCAUCAUUGAUAUAGGGGAUGGGACGAUAACUUCAAAUGGUUAUAACAAAACCGGCACUACUGUAAAGUUCUUGCCAGAAAUUGACUGUACAUAAAGUAUUACAACCCAAGAUAAAGUGCCUUGAUUGAUUAAAGGCACUUGACACUAUUGGUAAUUACUCAAAAUAAUUAUUAGCAAAAACCUUUCUUGGUGAUGAGUA